UCAUUGAUAGCUGGAAAAGUUGAUUUCAAAAAACUAUUUCCUAAACCUGUCGGCGAAGGAGGCCUACAAGGCGUUCGUGAGGGCCUACGACUCCCAUUCCCUGAAACACAUUUUCGACGUGAACCGACUGGACCUGGUGUCGGUGGCCAAGAGUUUUGGCUUCAGUGUCCCCCCGUUUGUCGACUUACCGGUGAGCGGUAAGAAUCCGUCGAAACCCCAUAACUAUAGGAAAGGAGGCCCAGAAAAGGGCCCACAAAUAGUGUGCGAAGCGGUGAGCGGUAAGAAUCCGUCGAAACCCCAUAACUAUAGGAAAGGAGGCGUCGGUGGCGGCCGGAAAGGGAGCGGUUAUGUGCCGCCCGUCAUGAGCCAGAAAAGGGCCCACAAAUCGGUGAUCUACAGAGCGGUUCCCAUCAGUAAAGACAAGCGACAGUUCAGUCGAUAG